AGUUUCCUCUCUUUCCUUCUUACCUUAGGUACGGGUUUAUUGAUAUUGUUUGUUUCUUUCAAAAAAUGCGUUUCCAGUUCUUGCACAUGCACACUGGGCAUUCUGGCACACGGGCAGUGUGUUUAGAGGCGUCACUUAGCGACGAUCAUUCUGGGAUGCAAGAUUCCAAACCGUUGAGCUUCCCAGCUGGGAGGUUGUGGCGGGACGGCUCUGGCUUACCUCUAGUGCUCGUGUUGGGUUUAGGGGACUGCGAAGAGCCGAGGGGGAGGUGAGGUGUGUUUGGAGUCUGUAGGCUCUGCGAUGAAGAAGCUUUUUGGCUUCAGGAGUAAGAAGGGCGUGUCACCCUUCGGCUCCUCCAUCAGCCUGGGGAGAGACAGAGGUCAUCAUAAAACCAGCUUCCAGCCCUGGUACCACAUCCGAGACAAGGACCUCCGAAAGAUUCACAAAGCUGCCAGCGUAGGCAACGUAGCUAAAGUGCAGCAGGUCCUGUUGCUUGGAGAGAAUGGCUUGAACGAGAAGGACAAGAUGAACAGGACUGCCCUCCACUUGGCCUGUGCCAAUGGCCAUCCCGCGGUGGUGGCCCUCCUCCUGAAGAGAAGAUGCCUGCUUAACCUCUGUGACAGUGAAAACAGGACCGCGCUGAUGAAGGCCGUAGAAUGCCAAGAGGAGGAGUGCGCGACUCUCCUGCUGGAGCACGGCGCCGACCCAAACCUCACGGAUGCCAAUGGCAACACCGCGCUCCACCACGCUGUCUUUUGCCAGAAUAUAUCACUCGCAGCAAAGCUGCUUUCCUAUCACGCCAAUAUAGAAGCCAGGAACGAGGAUGACCUCACACCACUAUUAUUGGCCAUAAGUGAAAGGAAACAGCAAAUGGUGGAAUUUUUAGUAAAGAAAGAAGCAAAUGUACACGCGGUUGAUAAGAUGAAAAGAACCGCCCUCAUCCUUGCUGUCAGUUACGAGUCUAUGAGUGUCGUCAGCCUUCUCCUGCAGCGAGGUGCUGACGUCUUUUCUCAAGAUGUCUUUGGACGGACUGCAGAAGAAUAUGCUGCUCUGAGUGGUUUUAAUAUCAUUUGCCAACUGAUCUCUGAAUAUAAAGAAAAGAGGCCGAAAACUCCUCCCGAAAAGAGCAACCCAGUGGAUACGAGUUCUGAAGAAGACUCUUUAAGCAGGUUUUCCAACAAACCUGGUGCUGACUCAUGGCCUCCGUCAGAUGAUGAAGUCUUAGAUUUUGAGACCAAGCAUGUCCCGAAACCAAACUUAGCAAAGCUACUGAAGGCUUUUCAGCAAUCCAAGAGAAACGACUGGGAUUCGACUAGUUUGAGCCUCAGUAGUGAGACUUGUCAAAGAGCCGGGCAUUUGAAAGCUGAUGAUCGGCGUCCGUUGGUGUCCCAAUCAGUGACCCAAAAUCAGUCAGCACCCACAGAACUCGGACAGAAGACCGCAACAGAUAAAGAAAAGAUGAAAAACGCAGCGAUGUUUCUGGUAGGGAAUUCCAUGCCCCAUCACCCAGGCCAGUCUCCGCUGCCAGAAAACAGAGAAAGCAAACAAGAUUUGUCAGGAGAACUAGAUGUGGAAGUGAUAUUAGAGGAAGAACAAGGAAAACUUCAUGGAAAUGAAAAUAACGAUUCACAGGUUGAAGAAGAAAAGAAGCACAAAAGUAGUGAAGUGGAAGUAUCAGACAAUGUAUGCGAUGCUGCUGAAGAGAGUCGAUUGAGUCAGCAGAGAAAGAGUGGAGGAAAUAACAAGCAGGAGUUUCCUGCUAUGCAGAAUAAAGGUUCUGAUGGUGUGAGGACUUCUUUCAGCAUUUCUUAUGAGGCGAGACUAGUGGUGAUGAACUCCCUCAGUAGUGAACCUGGCAUGCCCAGGAAGGAAAUAGAGAGAAAGAACAAUGACAAAUGGACACCAGAAGAAUGUGUGAUUGCACCAGUAUUUGAAAAGACCAAUUCACUGACUGAUGGUCUGCUGCACGUGACAAAUGACAGCAUUUUAAGGAAGGUGGAUCAAGAUGACAGCAGGCCUGCAAGGAAAACAGCAUAUGAAAAAAAGAAGGUUUCUGAUAGUGGUAGAAAAGCAAAAGGUCUGUUGCGCAAAAGCCACAUGCAGGAUGAAAUUGCCAUGCCAAGAUUAGAAAUAGACACAGUGAAAAAUCAGAACCAGGAGAAAGAAAAGAAAUGUUUUGAAGAUACUGAAAUUGUAAAAGGAGAGAAUGAUUAUCCUCAAAAGGCAAUAAAAUUGAACAAGGAAACAUUGACAAAGACCAUAUUCCAGCAUACUGGCCAGCUUAACGUUCCGGUAGCUGAAAAUACAAUGCUAAACCCUGAGCUGGAGUACGCAAAGCGAAGCAAAGAAAGACUAGAAACAGAAGUGGAAUCCUACCACUCUAGACUGGCUGCUGCCAUACACAAUCAUGAUCAAGGUCAGAUAUCACAAAGACACCUGUCACUUGCCUCCCAGAAAGCAAAAGACAAGAGGUUACGCUUGCAGGACCCAAUGAAGUUCCAUAUGGCUAAGCUGAAAAGUGACAAUGAGAUGCUUUCCCAGCAACUUUCUAAAGUGGAAAAUAAAUUCAAUAAGCUAAAAAUCAAGCUGCAUCAGACGAGAGAUGAUCUCAGAGAAAAGACUUUGAUGUUAGAACGUGUCCAGAGAGACUUACGCCAAGCAGAGUGUCAAAAGCAGGAUAUUGGACACAUGUAUCAGAACGAACAAGGCAAAGUGAAGGAAUACCUUGGAAAGCAGGAAUCCUUAGAGGAGAGGUUAUCCCAACUCCAGAGUGAAAACAUGUUGCUCCGACAGCAGCUGAAUAAUGCACAAAAUAGAGCCGACAGUAAAGAGAAGACAGUCAUUAGCAUCCAAGACCAGUUUCAGCAGAUCGUGAAAAAUCUUCAUGCUGAACAUGAGAAACAGGAUCUGAUGCUGGAGGAAAGAAGCAAGGAUUUAAGCAACAAAUUGAAUCAUUUAGAAGAGAGAAUGUGUCAGUAUGAAAAUGAGAAAGCAGAAAGACAAUCUCAAGAAACACAGGAUCAACAUACAGAGGCCGUGAGAUAUGCUGAAAAAACACAGGAUCACAUCCAAAAGCUUGAAAUUGAAAAUGCCAAGUCACAAACUACAGUCAAAAAGCAAGCGGGCGAAAUUGAACAGCUUCAGAAAAACCUCUUAAGUAUAAGAUUGAUUGAUGAUCUUCCAGCAGAGCUGGAAACUGUAUGUUCACAAUGUCUGCACAUGAAUGCAGAAAUUCAGGUUCUUCGAGAGGAGUUAUUAUUCAUGACAAGAAUGCAAAAGAAAUGUGAAGAACUAGAGAAGAAUAACAAGAAGCUGGAGCAAAACAUAGUGAACCUCAAAAGUCACAUAGAAAUGAAUAUGACAGAGCACAGUCAAGUAGAGCAGUAUAAGCAGGAGAUUGAAGAAAGAGCGAGACAGGAGCUAGUAGAGAAAUUAAAAGAAGUCAACACGGUUUUACAGAUACAAGCAGCAUCUCAAGAAAACUUAGAGCAGGCACAAGAGGAGCAUAUUGCUUCCUUCAGAAGUCAGAUGGAACUCAGAAUGAAAGAGUUGGAAUCUGAAGUCUUCAAGAUGGAAACUUCUGAAGCAGAUUUGGAAAAAUAUAAGAAACUCUACCUCGAAGAACUAAAAGUUAGGAAGUCAUUGGAAAAGAAGCUAGACAAGACUAAUUGGAGGCUGGCAGAGAUGAGCACCGAACUUGAGGUGGAGAAACAGCAGAACAGGUCUUUACUGAGCACUCUCACCCCGAGGCCAGUCCUGGAGCCGCCCUUGCAUUGGAAAUUUCCAUAAUACUUCAUAUGACUCUUUCUCCAAAAACAAACGUAGGAUUUUCUACCUCAAUUCCAUGCCCUUCAAAUAACAGCAUGGCAACUUACUUGAUCAAGUUUAGUUCUACUAUCUUUUUUUCCUUGGGUUUAGGAUUUCUGAUAUGAAUG